AUGGCUUUGCCAACUCUUCGACUCACUUUUAACUACUGGAGAAGAGGCGGGUACAGCGUCGGAUCAGAAGAUUACCGUUGGGCCAUUACUGGCAUUGGGUCCCUAUGCUAUGUUGCCCUCUUCCAGGGAAGUACAUAUCUUACGGAAAAGAUUACCGCGUCGAAAUACCCUGAUUAUAAGCAGUAUCAACUGCGUGUUGGGAAGUUCAUCCCACGAUUAGGUGUCGAGGCGCGUGGCGAAAUUCCGGAAGACAAUGCUCUUUCGGCUUCGGUAUCCGCAUCUGAAGACCCCAAUCAGCCACAUAAGCCACAACUAUCAAAAACGAAGACAACUAAAAAGUCGAGCACCCAUAAUUCAUAG